AUGCCAGAUUUGCAGCGUUUUAGUUUCCCGUACCAUAGCAUGAAUCCAUUGUUGGGGGGCACGGCUCAUCUCCAACAACCCCCACAGCCGAGCCAGGCCACCGGACAGCCAGAAUCCCCCUCGGGCCUCCUUCCGGACGCCGUGUUCGGGUCUCCGGACCCGGCGUCGUUGCUGCUAGCUGAACUCCCCGCUUCGGAGCUUCACCCCGGGCCCGAGUUCCCCUCCCAGAAUUCCCCCUACAUCCACCACUAUCAGCAUCAGCACCACCACCCCGCUGUGCACCAUCCUCCCGCGGCUAUGGCUCUGAGGAACGACCUGGGCUCCAACAUCAGUGUGUUGAAGACCCUCAACCUGAGAUUCAGGUGCUUCCUGGCUAAAGUGCACGAGCUGGAGCGUAGAAAUAAAGUUCUGGAGAAGCAACUGCAGCAGGCGAUGGAGGCCAACAACGGCGGUUGCAGGCCUCACACUCAAGAAGCUGGCGUGCAAACCGGCUUUGUGGGAGCUAUUCCACUCAGACCUGGGUCUCUCCCCUUCCACAACACCAACAACUCAGCCAGAAGGCCCACCACCUUAACCUGUAAUGCACCCGAGACCUCCACCACUUCCACCAGAACCGACAACUCUUCUAACCCGACCGUCACCGUCAGCCAACCGUCCCCCUCCGCUGACUCCCCCGGGUCCAGAACCGGCGGACGCUCGGUGGCCACAGCGCCUCGUUUCCUCCCGGGAACGAUCUGGUCUUACAACCCUACUCGCAGGUUCGGAUCGGAUCGGCCGACAAGCCCGGGGGUCUCCUGGGUUCACCCGGAUGGAGUCGGAGUCCAGAUCGACACCAUCACACCUGAGAUCAGAGCGCUCUAUAAUGUUCUGGCUAAAGUCAAGCGGGAGAGGGACGAGUAUAAACGCAGAUGGGAAGAGGAAUAUACAAUGAGGGCGGACCUGCAGCAGAAGAUUGCUGACUUGCAAGAGGACCUGCAAGAGAGCGAAGGCUGCCAGGAUGAGCUGGCCCUCCGCGUUCAGCAGUUGAAGGCCGAGUUGGUUCUCUUCAAAGGCCUCAUGAGCAAUAAUCUUUCUGAUCUGGACACAAAGAUCCAAGAGAAAGCCAUGAAGGUGGACAUGGACAUUUGCCGGCGCAUCGACAUCACGGCUCGCCUCUGCGACGUCGCUCAGCAGAGAAACUGUGAAGACGUCAUCCAGAUCUACCAGGUUACCAACAACCCCCCGUCACUUAGCCUGCGCCGCAAACAAACGCCGUUAUCCGUCAACGGCAGUGAAGGUGAUGAACCAAUCAGCAUGUCUGAAAGCGACGCCGGUGUGGCUAAAGAUGACGAGCAACAACAAAUACAGCAGCAGCAACAACAACAGCACAGCAACUCAUCAGCCAAUCAGAUUAACGAGGAAAUGCAGCGAAUGCUAAAUCAUUUGCGCGAGUGCGAGUUUGAAGACGACUGUGACAGUCUAGCCUGGGAAGAAACAGAGGAGACGCUGCUGCUGUGGGAAGAUUUCCCAGGAUGCACUCUGCCUCCUGACCCCGCCCACCCGCCUGGGGAGCAGGAGGACUGUCUGGAAAAAGUUAUAAAUGACACAGAGUGCUUGUUCAAGUCCAGAGAGAAGGAAUACCAGGAGACUAUUGACCAAAUUGAGUUGGAGUUGGCAACGGCAAAGAGUGACAUGAACCGCCACCUGCACGAGUACAUGGAGAUGUGCUCCAUGAAGAGAGGCCUUGACGUCCAGAUGGAGACCUGCAGGAGGCUCAUCACGCAAAGCGGAGACAAUAACGCAGCGGCGCAGACGUCGUCUGACGAAAGCGACCAACGAGAUAGCGACAGGAGCUCGGCGUCGCCCCCGUCUGGCACCGGGAGGUCCUGA